UCCAUGUCUGUGGUGAAAUCGAUCAAAUUAGUGCUGCCCAAGGAUGCGGUCUACCUGGCCGGGUCCUGCAUUAAAGGGCAGGUACUUCUAACCCUGAACAGCACCCUAGUGGACCCCAUCAUGAAGGUGGAGCUCGUGGGAAGGGGUUAUGUGGAGUGGAGCGAAGAAAUCGGGGCAUCCCGCGAUUACAGCAGAGAUGUUAUUUGCAACAACAAGGCCGACUAUGUGCACAAGACAAAGACGUUCCCAGUGGAGGAUAAUUGGUUAAGUGCAGGCAGCCACACCUUUGAUUUCCAUUUCAACUUACCUCCCAGGCUUCCUUCUACCUUCACCAGCAAAAUUGGCCACGUCUUCUACUUCGUGCAAGCGUCCUGCAUGGGCCGGGAGCACAUUCUAGCGAAGAAGAGAAUGUACUUGUUGGUUCAAGGGACUUCAGACUUCCACAGGGAAAACCCACUGCAGAAUCCCCUGUUCGUGGAGGCUGAGAAGAGGGUCUCCUACAACUGCUGCAGCCAUGGUACCAUCUGCCUACAGAUCCAGAUGGAAAAGAACACUUUCACUCCAGGGGAGAGGGUCAUUUUCACCACGGACAUCAAGAACCAGACCGGCAAGCGCAUCAAGACUGUCAUCUUCGCCCUCUACGCCCACAUGCAGUACAAGGGCUUCACGCCCAAGGCAGAGCAGCGGUCGCGGGUGGACAGCAGCGAGCUGCUCCGGCAGGAGGCCAACACCCAAAUCACACCCUUCAACACCACCAAGAUCGUCAGCACCUUCAGCCUUCCGCAAGUGUUGCCCGUGAGCAGUGACAUGCGAAACAGCGAGAUCAUGAGCACCAAGUACGAGCUGGUCGGCACCGUACACCUGCCCUGGUCCCUGACCAGCGUGAAAGCCAAGGUUCCCAUCAUCAUCACCAGCAUCCCCCCAGACUCAGACAGCGGCCAGCUGCAGGAGGAGGCAGUGUGACCCAUGAGAGAGUAUUGCCAGAAUUACGUGCCCAAACGUCUAAAUAUUAAAAGCUUUAUCACUCUACCCGCAGCUCUUUCUUUGUCUUGCACAGAUGACCUUCAGAAGAGGCUGGGUGUGGGGAGCACAUUGCCUGAAUCUCCCCAAGCUCUAGUUGUUUCAGCAUCCAUUUCUCCCAGCCCCAAAAAGUUCACUGCCAGGAGAGACAAAGGGAAAUGACAAGCCUUCCAGGACCCCGCCCCAGUUAGCUAGCUAGUGCUCCAGACCCAUCUGGAUGGGGUCUUAUGGUGCUCAAACCGGGGGUCCUCAGCCAGGGGUGUUUCUUUCCUCCAGGAGACACUGGGUGAUAUCUGGGGACAUCUGUGAUUUCAUGACAUGGCGGGAUGCUCCUGGCACCGAGUGGGGUGGGGCCAGGGAUGCUGUUUAGCACCCCACAGUGUCCACAAUGGCCCCAACCCAGAGAAUGACUAGGCCUCAAAUGUCAGCAGUGCCAAGGGAGAGAGCCCCUGGGCUGGGGAAAUUCAUGGGGAGCAGGUGAUCGUUGAGUCCCAGAGCUGGGUCUGUGGGCGUCUUACUCACAUCAGCUCCUGCCCCUCCUCCACUCACAGUCCCCCUGGGGCUCCGCCCCUCCCCCCAUUCAGGGUAAAAGCCAAAGUCCUCCCAGCAAAGGGCAUGCAUAUCUGCCAUGUCCAAUCCAUUGGCAAGCCACAGGGGCUCAUUCUCCUAAAUCUACCCAGAAUUGUCCCGUCCCUCCCCUCCUCUGCCUCUGCUUUACUUCUAUCUAUCAAUCAUCAUCGCUCACCUGGACCAGUGCAGUCACUUGCACCUGGGUCUCCAGGUUCCAGGUCCCCCUCCCUGCAAAUAAAGAUCCAGGAUGCCCACUUAAAUUUGCAUUUCAGAGGAACAAUAAUUUUUUUAGCGUAAGUACGUCCUACACCAUACUUGGUAUAGGAGGUUGGACGGGACAAUUAAGUUCACAAACUUGUUGCAAUAAUGUUGCUAAACUUUUUU